AUGAUAGUAAGGCAUACGCCCAUCUCCAAUAAACACGAUUUUGAUCCUUCACCAGUGUUGUCCGUUGCACACAUACAAGAUGAACUAAGUGGCAUACCUAUGCCAAUACUAUCUUCUAGAGCAGCUGACGUUUAUGAUCCUGUGGUUGACAUUAUUUGCUACGAAAACUCAAUAAUAGACGAGCUAAAUAAUAUUACGUCCUCUGAGCCAUAUAUAAAUAUAAAACGACAAGAAAGUUUAAACGUGGAAAUGAAAUUACGUGAACUCUUGAAUAUUACAGAGACGCCACACAUCCGUCUUAUAUCGCUGAGUGAUAAUAACUCAAAUCAAACAAAUGAUAGAAUUGUCUCUCAGAAAGAUCAAAUAACUGACACAUGCAAUGGAUCAGUGGAAGAAGUAGCCAGGAAGAGAUCAAAGAAGCGUAUACCUGAAGAGUGGAGUGUCUACAAGAAUAAAACACUAAGGGAGACAGGAAGAGCAUACUUUGGAAAAAAGAAAAUAGAUGGCAAAUGGAGAAUGAUUUAG